AUGUCUCCUCUUGCUCAGCCGCUCCUGCACAGCAAUAAUGGGGUUCGGAAUCACUCGCCAACCCCAAAACCUCGGCCGCACAAGAUAUCAGAUCCAAUUCCCCUCUCUCAGCAUCCUAGUCAGGACCCUCUCGAUGCCCCGCCUCCAGAUGUCUCAGAGUCUCUUUCCGUAGCUGUAGGACCUCCAAAGAAUGGCCAGACUGCCUCCACGGCACGGCCCGACAGUUCCCGUCGCGUGACCUCGAGCAACCCUUUAAAUAGCGUAAUAUCUCACACUCCUCAAACUUCGGUUUCCACUAUUAUGUCCAAGGAUCUCGUCAACCAUAGGCGCAGAGGCAGUACCCUGAGAACAGUAAUGCGCAGGAUUUUCGGUCGAAAGCGGGGGAGUGGCCCAGUGCCCAUGACGAGUGAACAGCGCAAUGCGGUCAGAAUAUCACAAUGGACCCCUACUAUUCAACCGGUAGAGCAUCCAAUUGAAGCUGGUCCCGCCUCUUUGCGCUCACGCUCAAACAGAGCUCCCUCUUUACCAGCUCGGACAAGUUCAUUACCCCAGAGUCCUACAGAUAGUCCUCUGGAAGAUCUAGGUAUGCCUCGUCUUCCACGAUCAAACAAUGGGUCACCAAGACUAGACCAUCGACAGCUUCGACGGAGAGCAACUCUGCCAAGCAUAGUCCUAUCAACUCAGGAAGCCCGUGAAUUAGCACUCCAUAUCGCCUUGCCUACCUCGAGGCCGCGCAGUAUCCAUUCGCCACCACAAUGCGUGUCACAUCCUGUCGGGUUCCCCCAAAAGACAUCCAAACACCAAAAACGACGGUCGCGGAGUGUAUCUGGGUUGCGAGAGGCAGCGAGGUCGCAUCGCAUGUCUCCAAUACAAUGGCGACGGCGUAGCGACGAGAUCAAACUUUUGAGGGAGAGCUUUCUGAAAUCAGAUGGGAGCCCAUCUGUCCUGACACGAUCUGAAACCAGAAGCAGUAUUGCUAGCGUCCUAGAAACCGCAGACGGUGCAGACGAUGCAGAUGACGGCAAAUCGAUAGACGACCCGUUCAAUUUCAGCACAUUGAUGGGCUCGAUGCAGGAUAGUUCCGACACCAACCUAGCUCAAAGAGUAAAUAUGUUGGAGGUGAAGCUGAUGGACCUUGAAUUUGCCAUCGCAAAACUUCAAGGCCAUGACGUUUCCCCCGUAAAGCAACCGUUUGACAAGAGCAUGCGACGACAUUCCCCCUAUCAGAAAGACACUGAUGCACCCCGCUUCAUCAGCUCAUUCCAAUCAAGUCCCAGCAUCACUCCUCCUCGAACCUCACCCAGCACUGACAGACCUAGUAGUACUGUGACCUUGCGGCCACAAACUUCCUGUCACCAUGUCUCCUGUCAGACCCUGUCCACUUCCGUCUCUGACUUCAAAGGAAUAUCUGUCGAACAAUACAGCGCACUGACCACUCUUAUGCGACGGGAACAGACCGCCCGCAAACUUCUCGAAGAACAAAUCUUCCAAUUGCAACGGGACGUCGCUUUUCUCAAUAGCGCCCAACCCCCGAUGGCACAUGGUAGUUUCUUCCUUCCCCUCCUACUCCGAUUCCUCCGAAAGAAUUUCUCCCCGAAACCGGAGGUGUAG